AUGGCGACAUUGUCGUCGUCGACCCGUUCGCCGCUGCUCGCGUUUCUCGUCGUCGCUGUGCUCGUUCUCGCGUCCGCCUCUAGCGCGUACGCGCAGUACUCGGGGAAGUUCGCCGUACGCGCUAUAGAGAACGCGCUGAGGAAGAAGCGGCUGACGACGGCCAUCACCUACUUUAGAAAAAGCGGUUUCAACAACACUCUUGCGGAGAGGCUGCCCACGGGCAAGUAUACUUUUCUGGUGCCAAUCAACAGCGGAUGGAACAAGAUGAGCGCCUGGGCGCGCGGGCAGAUACGAGGCAACAACACGCGGCUGUGGCAAAUCUUCUCUUAUCAUUUCAUCAAGGAGCGGUACACCAAAGUGCAGCUCGCGUGGUAUCCGCCUGGAACGGAGUUACCAACAGGGAUGGGGAAACAGGUCAUACGCCGCCUGCCCACGAAGGACCCCCAGUAUGCCAAGCCGGGGCAACAUCGGGGAACAUUUAUCGAUAUGGGGGAAAUUUUCCAAGAUGGCCAUGUAAUCGUGCAUGGGGUCAACAACGUCCUUGUUCCUAAUUUCAAGUGA